CACUCCAACUGAGGUGCUGGAAUAAAGAAUCAUGCCACUUACACCUAUUCAAAUCUUUAUUUUGAUAUGUGGAUUUUGUUCCAGACUUCACACUUUUGAUUCACAACAGCGGCAAUAUUUUGUCAGUGAGGCCAGAAAUGACACUCUCACAAUUACAGCACCCCGUGUAAAAACAGCAGGCACAGAGUUCUGCUGGAGAUGGACCUCACAUGACGGCAGACACAUAAACAUGUCUAUAGUCUGUGCCAAUGCCAGUGAUGGACAACCACUAUGGACAAUCAAAACUGACUCUUUUCAUUUAGAAAACAUAUCUAGACUUAAUGUAUUAAAACAUUUUGAAAACGCUGGUGAAUACACAUUUGUGGAAAGUAAGCCAUCAGUUGACAUACUAGCAAAGUUUGAGGUUUUUGUCCUGAAAGCAUAUCCACCGUUUGGAACAUUUAUGAGCAAAAAUGAUAGUAGGUUAAGUUUUGUCCAGCGUGGUACUGAUGUGACUUUGCGAUGUGAGGUCUCUCUGCUGUCUGAAUCCCCAACAUUGCAGUGGGAGAGAGACAGAGGCCAAACAUCCAACACCACUCUGUUGUACAACAACUCUGCCUACAUCAUCUUACACAGCGUUGAUGAACAGAGUGAAGGGAAAUACCAAUGUAGACUGACGGGAGAUGGAGGAGUGGAAACUGUUAAUAUUUUCACACUUAAUGUCACUCGCUAUUCACAAAUGAAAAGGCAUGCCAUUUACAGACAAAGUUCCAAUAAUAGUUCUUUGUCACUGAUCUGCAAAUCUAAGAAAGUCUACCCCAGCUUGAAGUGGACUUGGGAGCCGAGGCCUAAUUCACAAAUUGAGAUGAUAGCUGUAGAAAAAGGAAGAGAAGUUCAAGUAAAAGGACCAAUUAAACUGGGGAGAAAUUCUUAUACCACAUACAAUGGUCAAGAUUUUAUCUUUCACAUCUCACCUGUGAAGUUCAAUUACAGUGGGACAUACAAGUGCAUUGUGAAUGAAAAUACUGUAUACACAGCCAUAAUAGUACACACCAUCAGAGUGUUUGGAGAGCCCCCUCGUGGUGUGUUGAGGAAUCAGUCAGUGGUUCUUACCUGUGAGUUGUCUAAUGUAAGUGAUUUAGUGACGCUGGCCUGGCUCAGGAUGGAGGGGAACAGAGGAGUGCUGGUCAAACAGCAAAUUCUGACUGAGAAAAACAAAAAUAUAACUCUCACUGUGUCUGUGAAUCAGACCAGCCUUCAAACAGACUCGCUUCACUGGCAGUGUGCAGUCUUUACUGAGAACACACUCAGAGCUCUGGCCACUGUAUUUUUUAUCUCACCAACAACAAAGAAUCCUGAAACAUCAUUAGAAAUCUCAACUUUAGCAAAUCAAGCAAAAAGCAAACAUGUAAUGAUUACAGUGGCCUCUGUUUUGACUCUGUUUGCUGGAAUUCUGCUUGGAGCUCUAUUGUAUUACUUGUACAGGAAAAGAAUGCCAGGUGCAAUUCUUGAUGUAUUCUCAUCUACUACAAUAUGCUUUGAGCCUCAGGAGUCUGAACCAGUCUAUAUCAAUAUCAGCCAAAUGAGGAAUGGCAGAGAAAAUGUAAAGUCCAGUGUUCUUUUGGUAGAGGGAAGCAAGACAUUGGAAAGCAGAGAGCAAAGAUCAGAAAUUAAUCAUAAUUUAAAUAAAAACAGAUAUGGAAAAGUUAAUAUGGUUAGAAGAGAUAAGACACCAGUUACAUCAGAGACUGUAACUUAUGCAUCCAUUAAUUUCAACAAAUCCAGGUUCAGGACUUCACCAUGUGUAGCUAAACCUUCAAAUUAAGGGAGAAGACAUUUCAUCAAUUGUGUUUCAUUUAUGUGAACUUUAAAAUAUUGCAACAUGGAAAAAGUAAUUAUUAAACAGCAGAUGGCACUGUCUGAUUAUAUAAAUGAUCAACUGAGGCAUUUUGUGGGGGGAAAAAUCUUAUUGCUUUUCAUUGAACUACCACAAACAACAAUUUGGCUGAUUAAAAACUGGAUAAUUGGACAUAUCCAUUCAAUUAUUGUUUUUGCAAAUUGCAUUUGUACAAGCAACAGUUUAUAGGCUGCUUAUAUUUAUAAUGCUGCAGUGAAUUUUAUAGCUGAUUUUGUGUAGGUCUGUAUAUGCUGGUCAAAUGACCAUUUGAUGGCACUGUUUGAAAACAUAUUUGGAAUAUAAUUAAAAAAUGUAUAAGUGAAAAAAAAAACAAACAAAAAAAACACCUUAAUGCAGUUACACAUCAUCAUCAUCAUCAUCAUCAUCAUCUCUCUCUCUCUCUCUCUCUCUCUCUCUCUCUCUCUCUCUCUCUAUCUAUCUAUCUAUCUAUCACUUCCUCUCUUUCCAUCUUUCACUUUCACCUUCAUGGAAUCCACCCAAAACAUGCUUUUUCAAUGUACUUCAAUCUAAAACACAAAAGUGUGAAAAGACUUUUGAAUGGGAUGUCUAUGUGGACAAAUGAUAAUGCUCCUUAUUAACUCAAGGUUGUGGGGGUGGGGGUUGGGUUCAAGGUUUGCUAAGUAGAUUGAGUGAAGAAUUAAAGAAUGGCCUAAUUUAAAUGCUUAUAAAUGAAGUACUGUG